AAUAUCCGGUAUGAACGUCACACUUCCCGUCUUCUUCCUUCGUGUAGCACAACAAUGGCGUCCGGUAGAGAGGAAUCUGCGACACCCACUGAAGAGGAACCGACUGAAACUCCUGCGUCCCAGAAGAGAGAAGCGAGACUACGAAAAUUUCGAGAGUUACAUUUCAAACGGAAUGAAGCACGUAAGCUCAAUCACCAGGAGGUUGUGGAGGAGGACAAGAGACUGAAACUCCCUGCUAACUGGGAGGCUAAGAAGGCUCGACUGGAGUGGGAGCUCGCUGAAGAUCAAAAGAAAAAGGAAUGUGCUGCCAGAGGGGAGGACUAUGACAGAGUGAAACUACUGGAGAUCACUGCUGAUGAUGCAGAGCGGUGGGAGAGGAAGAAAAAGAAGAAGAACCCAGACACAGGAUUUGCAGGUUAUGCUGAGGCCCAACUCCGACAGUAUCAAAGGCUCACCAAGCAGAUCAGACCAGACUUGGAAAGCUAUGAGAGACAGCGCGAGGAAUGCGGUGAGGACUUUUACCCCACGUCCAAUAGCCUGAUUCACGGCACGCACGUCCCCACGAAGGAGGGAAUUGACCGCAUGGUGGAAGAUGUUGAGAAACAGAUCGAGAAGCGGGCCAAGUACAGCCGACGCAGGGCUUACAAUGACGACGCAGACAUUGACUACAUUAACGAGAGGAAUGCCAAGUUCAACAAGAAGGCGGAGCGUUUCUACGGCAAAUACACAGCAGAGAUCAAACAAAACUUGGAGAGAGGCACAGCCGUCUAGUGGGUCCAAUCACCUCAGUGGACAUGUUGACUGCUUCAGUUUUUUCUUCAGUUAGGACUCUUGGAUGCAACUUUUUUUUUUUUUCCUCUUCUCCCAUGUAUCUCAGUAUGACAGCGGGUUGAGUCAGAUCUGUUUUGGCACUGGUGCACCACAAACAUAGUGUGGAGCUAGAUCCUGAAAUAUGAGACUAUCUGAGUUGUAAUAAUGAUGUGUGGAAAAAGUGAGUCUGUGCCAGUUUCGGUUUGGGGGGUGGGGAGUGGGGUGUUGUGUGAACCAGGGCCUAUCCCAGCUGAAGAGAUAACCCCCAGAGUGGAAAUCCUGGUGCAAGCAGCUGAUAGGAAGCACUUCAGAAUCAUCUGAACUGGGUGACAACUGCUGCUCAGACCAUGGCAGACUGUGUAUAUAACCUUAUAUAUGUCAAACAAAUUUUCCCAUGGUUACCACAAGUAACCAUACGAAGUAUUUUGGUAAGUGGGUGUGAGAAACGGUACCCCUGGUGUCCCUCACAUGUAACUGACUGCUACCUCAAACAGUUCUGCUAUCCCGCUAUUUCUUUAAGUUUACGUCUGUGCUACAGAAGUCCCUUUCACGUUUGAUUGCCCUGGUCUUUCCCUGAGCUGUUCUAUAUUUGAGACAGUCUAAGGCUUGUGUUAGAGAUGCGACUGUAGGGCAUUAGACAAGGAUUCAGUUGCCAGGGUAUGACGCACAACAAUGCUUUGAAGACACAGUGAAUCAAGGCUGGGAGCUCCCACAUUGACAGUAUUUUCCUCUCAGUAUGUAUGUCUGCGUUAGGUUUUCCAUUGCAACUCUCCUUGCCAAAUUUAAAAGCACACUGCCAAAUUAUUGCCUGUAGCCAAUUAUUGUUAAUGGCUAAGCCGUGGAUAGUGGCCAUGCUGGUUUAUGAAAUCCUCCCUGAGCUGCUUUUAUUUGCGAUUUUCAGGAUCGAGAAGCGGGCCAAGUACAGCCGACGCAGGGCUUACAAUGACGACGCAGACAUUGACUACAUUAACGAGAGGAAUGCCAAGUUCAACAAGAAGGCGGAGCGUUUCUACGGCAAAUACACAGCAGAGAUCAAACAAAACUUGGAGAGAGGCACAGCCGUCUAGUGGGUCCAAUCACCUCAGUGGACAUGUUGACUGCUUCAGUUUUUUCUUCAGUUAGGACUCUUGGAUGCAACUUUUUUUUUUUUUCCUCUGUACGCGCUACAUACCACGAGUACAUGUUUAUAAAAUGCUAAAAUGGAAUGUGUAUUAAAAAGGCAGUUUCUCAAACAUUUUAGGUCAUGAAAGAUAAUUUAGUUAUCUGUAAGAUAUGUAAUGUGUGGUGUUUCUUUGUAUAGUAUUAGGAGUGAAAACAAAACUCAUGAGUAUUCUUAUGCUUAUUUUUUAAAUAAACCACUUCUAAUUAUCCA